UCUCUAUCUCCCCCAGGAUGUCGUCGUCUUCAGUUAAAGAUACCCAGACCCUAGAUAAGAACGGCCAAGAAAUCAAAAGUGUUGGCUUCCAACGCUUUGGGUUCGACUCUGAGGUGUCCCUUGACACCCUCCGAUCACUGUAUCUUCGAUCGCACUAUGUAGUCUCAGUUUCUGAGUCCCAGGUUCAGGAGCUGGACGCAAAGGAAGAGGAAGGACGCGGGUAUCUGACGCAAGGCCCCAAUGCCUACCAGUCCAAGUCAAUCUUCCAUCCAGACACACAGUCGAUCUCGUACACGACCCUUUCUCGCUUCGCCCCAGUUAAGCUUUUACCUCCCUCAUCAAGGAAGCGAGUUCUGGUCACUGGGGGUGCUGGUUUCGUCGGUUCUCAUCUUGUCGAUCGGCUCAUGCUCUUGGGCCAUGAGGUUACCGUCCUGGAUAACUUCUUCACUGGUUCAAAGACCUACCUUCGUCACGAUGUUGUGGAGCCCUUCAUGAUCGAGUGCGAUCAAAUAUACCAUCUUGCUUGUCCCGCAUCUCCUCCACACUAUCAGUUCAAUGCCGUGAAAACCAUCAAAACUUCCUUCAUAGGCACGUUGAACAUGCUCGGCUUAGCCAAGCGCACGAAGGCUAGAUUCCUUAUUAGCAGUACAUCCGAAGUGUAUGGUGACCCUGAAGUUCAUCCUCAACCGGAAGAUUACUGGGGUCACGUCAACCCGAUAGGCCCUCGCGCCUGCUAUGAUGAGGGUAAACGUGUUGCGGAAACUCUCACAUACGGCUUCCAUCAUCAAGAUGGCGUGGAUGUUCGGGUUGCACGUAUCUUUAACACUUACGUGAACCCUCAUGAUGGCCGUGUGGUGUCCAACUUCAUCGUCCAGGCCCUGCGCGGCGAGGAUAUGACCUCGCGCCCAGUCAACAUCGGUAACGGUGACGAAUUCACCAUUGGUGAAUUCGCAGAACUCGUUCGCGAGAUUGUAGAGAAAGUGCAAGAAGAAGAUGGCAUCAAACCUGCGCGCCGCGUGCAGAUUGUUUACAAGCCAAUCCCAACUGAUGAUCCUCAGAAGAGGCGCCCUGACACGACCAGGGCAAAGAACAGCCUGGGAUGGCAACCCCGCUGGUCAGUGCGGAUGGGCUUGGAAGAGAUGGUCCGAUACUAUAAGGCUAAGAUGGCAGAAGGGAGCAUGUAAGCAGCUAAGCGGUAUUUACAGGUGGACUCUCAGUAUCCUUGGAAUGUUGUUGUUACACUCUUUGUAGUCGAUUGUGAACUUCAUACAUAUCGGCAAUUACUUGUACAUGAGCGUACUCUGAACAUUUAG